AUGUCAGUGAGGUAGCGACCCCGAACACAAUGUAAAUUCUUAGAUUAUUAUGUAUGAUGUAGUUAUUUUUGAUGUGUGAAGUGUGCAUAGCGUGCGAGUGCCCGCCGAGUGAUGUCAGUGGCCGACGGCGAUGAGGUCGCGCCAGAGAAAAAAACACCGUUUCCCGAAGACACGGAUAGUGACAAUGACACUGAGAGGAAACCGUUGUUGCGGAGGAUAUCUACCAGCAAAUGCGUCGGUAGAUUGCCCGUGGUCAAGGAGGGUUACUUGAUGAAGCAGACGCGCAGUUUCCAACGUUGGCAGCGCCGGUACUUCCGGUUGCGCGGGCGGACCCUCUACUACGCCAAGGAGAAAGAUAGCCAACUGUGGGAUGAGUGUGAACUAGAGGACGCUACCUUCGCAGAGUGCAGCAUCAGUAACGCCCAUAACAGCUUCCAAAUAAUAACAGCAAGCCGGUGUCUAGUGCUGUGCGCUGAAAACCGCGGGGAAAUGGAGUCGUGGGCCGGGGCGCUGAGGGGCGCCCUGCACCGCGGAGCUGACGUCGCUGACCUCGUCGCCAGGCUGUCCUCUGGAGACCAUCACUGGUACACAGCAACACACGCUCGGCCGACUUUCUGCAAUGUGUGCCGGGAGCCUCUCGGUGCGCUGGGCACAGCUCACGCGCUCGCCUGUGAACUAUGCAAAUUCAAAGCGCACAAGCGGUGCGCAUCCCGAGCGCCGCCAUCUUGCAAAUGGAGUACGCUUGCUUCGCUUGGGCCGCAUCUGGUCGAGGAUGCCGAGGGGAACAUAAUAAUGCCGCACCAGUGGUUGGAGGGCAAUUUGCCUGUGGCAGCCAAGUGUGACGUAUGUGACAAGACCUGUGGCUCCGUACUUCGGCUCCAAGACUUCAGAUGCGUGUGGUGUCGCAAAUGCGUACACGCUGCCUGCAAGCCCAACUGGCGGGCAGCGUGUUUGCUUGGCCCGGCGCGCGCCUCCGUUGUACCACCAACAAGACUGCACUCCGUCGGCCCUGAUGACGCCUGGGUACCUGAUAGACCAGCAAACGCUUCGCCGCUUAUUGUCUUUGUUAAUUCUCGUUCAGGUGACAACCAAGGAGUGAAAUUUCUCCGGCGCUUCAAGCAGCUGCUUAAUCCAGCGCAAGUGUUCGAGCUAAGCGGCGCAGGACCAAGACUUGGCCUGCGAUUGUUCAGACACUUCGCGCCACUCAGGGUACUUGUAUGCUCUGGAGACGGCUCCGUCGGUUGGGUGCUUCAGGAAGUUGAUAAGUUGGAUAUGCAUCGUCAAGUACAAACAGCUGUGCUGCCUCUGGGGACUGGGAACGAUCUUGCAAGGGUUCUAGGCUGGGGUGCUUCGUGUGAUGAUGCAGCCAAUCUCCAACAGCUGCUCGAGCGCUAUGAACGUGCGUCCACCAAAAUGCUUGAUAGGUGGUCCAUAAUGACCUUCGAGAGAGCGCUGACUGCACCGCCACCUCCACCACCAGCGCCGCCCGAUGUCUUAGAGGAGAGCACGCUAUUGAAGAACUUGCAGGACAUCAUGCAGGCGGGCGAGGUUAGCUGCGCGGCGUCGUCGUCGCUGCGUGCGGGCUGCGCGCAGCUGGCGGCGGCGGGCGAGCGGGCCGGCGGCGGCGCAGCGCGGGCCGCGCACAGGCUACGCCGCGCACUCUCGCUGCUGCUGCACGCACGUGCUCACCUCGCGCACGACCACGCCACCUGCAAGUCUUGGGAGCCACUGGAGACGAGCGACAGUGAACCCGAAGUGCAGCCUGUUGCUGAGAAAGGCAGUAUUGAAAAGACUGAAAAAGAACAGCUGAACUGGGCGGUACGCGGAUGCGCACUGGCUGGCCGCGCCGAUAGCGUGCGCCGCGCCCUACGCUCCCUGCUGCGCACACUCGCGCUCCUCUACCCGCAGGAGGUGGAGUCGCUGGACACAUGCACGAGCGGAGCGGACACGAGCACGGGCGCGGACGCGGAGCUAGAAGCGGCCGCGGGGACGGCGGGGGCGGCGGCGGCGGGGGCGAGGGCGGCGGCGCCCGCGGUGGAACUGUCCGCGCUGCCCGUGCCGCGAGCGUUUGCUGACAGCCGCCGAUCCUCUGCAGCCUCCGCCGUUUCAGCUACCUCCAUGCACCCAGACAACAUUCCAGAUGUAGAUGAAGACAUAGCUAAAUUAAUAAACUCCAACCCACCUGAACGAUUCAAUUUGGAGGUCGACAAGCCCGAGCGCAGCAAAACCAGUUCCGCUUCGCCCCAGGACAGGCUUUCGCUCUCCAAUCUCUCCUCCUGUGAUACUAGCUCUUGCAGAAACCUCUUCAGGCCCGACGUUGAGUGCGGCAAUUAUAAUAGUAGUAGUCUUACCAUACCUAACCUAGUUGUCUCAGAUGAUAGCGAUAAGCGAGAUUCGAUAAUACAGGGAGAAACUUAUGAAUCGGACCAAUUGACUAUAAUAGACAUCGAUAAACCUUACACGGACGAUGUACAUUUCCAUGAGAUGAGCGUAAGAGACACACCGAUUAGCGGAGAGUGUACUCCGGAACGAAAGCUUUCUAGUGUAGAUUUGGAGAUAGACGCCAUUAGUUCAGACGGGUCCAACCUUAGUGACGAUUUUAGUUUAAUAUCGGAAAUCAUCGAUGUCAAACCGGAAGAGUUAGAGGAAGCCGCUGCGAUAGGCCAUAUUGACUCCCCCGAAGUUUCAGACACUUAUAUGAAUUCGGAAACGAUACAUGGUGAAUCAAUAAUGGACGACAUUAGUUCAAUGCUCGGACAAGACGUACUAAUGGCUAUGAUGGGAAAGAAUGGUGACAAUGAAACGUACACCGAUGAUACGACCCUGUUCACUUCAGAUACGGUAUCAGACAUAGCCAUGGAUAGUAGAAACCCCAGUCUGGAAAAGAAUGACAAAACGAAAUACAUAUCGAAAAUGAAGACGCCCAAAGAGGGAGAAGUGGAAAAAUUCGGAUUCGAAAAUAGGGUAUUCUACAUCGAAAACGCAACGAAAGUAGAAGAAAAAAUUAAGUACUGUAGCUUAGCGCACUUCGAAGAAGGCAACGAUAUUGCUAGAAAAUCGUUUAGGAAACAACUCAAAAAGAGUCUGAAAAAACGUGUUGCUGAUGAUGGCAGUUUAAAACACCUUUUACCUAAGACGGCGGAAGAACCAAGGGAUAGUCAAACUGUUUUCAGUAAAGGAUCACCGAAAAAUUUACCAUUUCACAAUGACACUGAAAACCAAAGUGAUGAUAAAGAGGAUAUUCCAUCGUUCCCUCAGGUUAGUGUCGUAGUUGAACCUCCAUCUCCGUCGCAUAGCGACGAUAAGAAAAGUUUAAAGAACGGAAGUCGUAUGGCAUCAGUAUUAAGUGAUUUGUUCGACCAAGGAACAGAUACCUUAAGUGUGUAUUCACCAGAGCCAACCAUAGCGACAGCAAGAGAGAGGAGGCAGUCGGAUAACCCAAAACUGUUAGGAUCAGACCCCGAAUAUGGAAAGUUUUUAAGUUGUUCCCCAGCAGCGACUAGAAGAAUAUCAUGUGGAAGUCUUUUCAAGCCCGGUGAACCUGACAAAUUAUCAACAUCAGUAUCCUCUAUAUGGGGAGAAGGUGGAGCAAUGGGAGCUUCAAAGUCGGAUGCCAGCGAAAAAGCCAGAAAACUACCAAUAAUCAAUCCGCUAGUCCAAUUACCAGCUUGGCCGCACGUCACUCAGGGUUUCAUCAGCCAGUGUCUGCUUGCUAAUGCCGACGCCUUAUGUGCUGCAGUCAGUCCAUUGAUGGAUCCAGAUGACACGCUUCUUGAAGGAUUUUAUGAAAGAGCAGUAAUGAAUAACUACUUUGGUAUUGGUAUCGAUGCGAAAAUAACUCUCGAUUUCCAUAAUAAGAGGGAAGAACAUCCUGAGAAGUGCAGGUCGAGGGCUAGAAACUAUAUGUGGUACGGUGUGCUCGGUUCAAAGGAGUGGGUCAACAGGACUUACAGACAUCUAGGACAGCGAGUGCAACUGGAAUGCGACGGCCAAAGGAUACCAUUACCUGAGCUGCAAGGCAUUGUAGUUCUCAACAUCCCGUCGUUCAUGGGCGGCACCAACUUCUGGGGCGGUACCAGGGCUGAUGAUAUAUUUCUCGCUCCUUCGUUCGAUGACAGAAUUCUUGAGGUGGUAGCUGUAUUUGGGUCUGCUCAAAUGGCGGCGUCCAGACUGAUCAAUCUUCAAAAACAUCGCAUCGCCCAGUGCCGUGCCGUUCAGAUUAACAUCCUCGGUGAAGAAUGUGUGCCAGUUCAAGUAGAUGGAGAGGCAUGGCUCCAGCCUCCUGGCUGUGUCCGCAUCAUCCAUAAGAAUAGAGCCCAGAUGUUGUGCAGAUCAAGGGCUUUAGAGACCAGUUUGAGAACGUGGGAUGAGAAGCAGCAGCUGAAGGCGCACGCGCAGGCGGGCGCGACCCCCGCGGGGGCGGCGGGGGCGGCGGGGGCGGGGGCGGCGGGGGGCGCGGGGGCGGCGCGCGGCCCGCUCGCCGCCGCAGAGAGCGCGCAGCUACUAGCGCUGCUCGAUGACGUCAACACGCUCGUCAAACACGUGAAACUGGCGUGUAUAAGCGAGGGGAGUGUGUCGGGCGGAGUGUCGAGCAGUGUAAGCGUGGCGCGCCGGGUGGCGGCACAAGCGGACGCAUUGCAAGACGCCGACGGGAAACUGUUGCCGGCGCCGCAACUGCGAAGACUACUGGCCACCUUGGUGGAGAGCUGCCACGAGCUGGUGGAGGGCGGUACCUGGAGCGGCGUGGGCUCGGGCGCCGCGGCCGCCGUGCGCGCGCAACUCGCACGCGUCGAUCUGCACGACGGACACGCCUACCUGCACGCCGACGAGAUUCCGAAGAAGAGCGGCGCCGGGCGCUGGCUCCGCGGACGCCGCAGUGUCUCCGAAGGCGGCUCCACCUCUACCAUCACCCCGGCCCAAGUACGCGGCUGGGGUGUCAAGGAAGUUCAGGCCUGGUUGGAGUCACUUCAACUGGGUGAAUACGCGGAGGCUUUCGUGAAGCAUGACGUCACGGGCCGCGAGCUUCUGUCGCUGGCCAGGAGGGAUCUGCGGGACCUGGGAGUCACGAAGGUCGGCCACGUCAAGAGGAUACUGCAAGCAGUUAAGGAUCUGCAGUGACGAAGGCGCGGCCGCUCCGAGGGGGAUGGCCAUGGUUAAAUCUGAGUCGGCGGUCUGUGGACUGAAAUGUGUAUACUUAAAUAUAUUUUAUAGAGCUGUUUUAACACUAUGCAUACAUAUUUUCUAUACCUGAUUGCACCAAUACUAUUGAGAUGUUUAUGAAACAAAAUGUGGGUCGUUUAAUCUUCUCGUACGAUUCUCAUUUUAUCGUAGGUAUAAAGAUACCGGCAAAUAACAUUAGUAAUA